UGAAUUCGCCUUUCAUCAUUCAUUCUCUCUUUCACCGCCUUCAUUUAUAAGUAACGUUGAGAAGUAGAGCAGCAGGCCAUCACACGUUCAGUGUUGAUUUGCAAACCGUUCUCCUUGUCUCUUGUCCAGCCUCAAGCUCGUCCGCUUUCAUCCAUGGCGCACGUUGCCCAACUUCCCUGCGAUUGCGACGGCGUUUGUAUGGUCUGCAAGGCGAAGCCGGCAGAGGAGGAGAAGCUGACGUGUAAAACUUGCACCACGCAGUGGCAUGCUGAUUGUCUUUCCUCCCGUCCGGCAACUAUGGAGGAGACCGUUCAAUGGGAAUGCUCCGACUGCUCCAGCCUGCCCUCUGACCUUCCGGUACUCAAUGAGAAGACCUCGCAAGAGGGAGCUGGGGGCUUGAUACGUACAAUUCGAGCGAUUGAGGCGGAUGCUUCUCUAACAGAGAUGGAGAAGGCCAAGAAACGUCAACGACUUCUCAGCGAAAAGGCUGUGUUAGAAGAGGACGAGGACGAAGCCGAAAAGAAGAGAGAAGAAGGAGGGAAGGACGUGCUGGAUAUUCUCAAUGGAAUUCUGAACUGCUCCUUCUGCCUGCAAUUAUUAGAGAGGCCGGUUACGACCCCUUGCGGCCACAAUUUCUGCCUAAAAUGCUUCCAGAGAUGGAUCGGGCAGGGCAAAACUAUAUGUGCAAAGUGUCGCGCUACAAUCCCUCACAAAGUGGCAAGUCAGAUUCGUAUCAAUUCUGCUCUUGUAAGUGCCAUUCGUAAGGCAAAAGCUUCCAGAGUCAAUGUUGGCGGAGAAACUUCCAAAGUCUACCAUUUUGUACACAACCAAGAUAGACCAGACAAGGCAUACACAACAGAGAGGGCCCAAAGGAAAGGCAAAGCAAAUGCUGCAAGUGGAAAGAUUUUUGUAACAGUGCCUCAGGAUCAUUUUGGUCCAAUCCCAACCGCGAAUGAUCCAUUGCGGAAUCAGGGUGUGCUUGUUGGCGAGUUUUGGGAGGAUAGGCUUGAAUGCAGGCAAUGGGGUGUUCACUUCCCACAUGUUAGUGGUAUUGCUGGACAGUCAAAUUAUGGUGCACAGUCCGUUGUUCUUUCAGGCGGUUAUGUUGACGACGAGGAUCAUGGAGAGUGGUUUCUCUACACCGGAAGUGGUGGUAGGGAUCUCAGUGGAAACAAACGCACGAGCGAUACACAGUCUUUCGACCAAAAGUUCGAAAAGUAUAACUUGGCACUUAAAUUAAGUUGUUUGAAGGGGUACCCAGUCCGCGUCAUCAGAUCCCAUAAAGAGAAGCGGUCCUCGUAUGCCCCCGAGGAAGGUUUGAGAUACGAUGGGAUUUACAGGAUCGAAAAAUGCUGGCAAAAACAAGGAUUGCAGGGCUUCAAGGUUUGCAGGUAUUUGUUUGUUAGAUGCGAUAAUGAACCCGCUCCUUGGACGAGUGAUGAGCAAGGUGAUCGCCCAAGACCAUUACCAGUAAUUCAAGAAUUGAAGAAGGCUGUAGCCAUAGCUGAAAGGAAAGAAACUCCAUCUUGGGAUUUUGAUGAGCAAGAUUUUUGUUGGAAGUGGAAGAAACCGCCGCCUCCAAGCCGAAUGCGUUUAAAAAGUGUGGAUCCAGAAGAGAUUGAAAGGCCAGGGAAAGAAAUAAAGAAAUCCAGAAGCAUGUCAAUUAGAGAAAGCUUGUUAAAAGGAUUUAAAUGUUGUAUUUGCGGGCAAAUUAUGGUUGCUCCUGUGACCACACCCUGUGCCCACAAUUUUUGUAAGUCAUGUUUAGAACGAGCAUUCGAAGGCGUGCCUUUCAUCAAAGAGAGAAAUAAAGGUGGAAGGUCACUUCGUUCGCAAAAAAAUGUACUAAAAUGUCCUGUUUGUCCUACCGACAUUUCUGAUUUUCUUCAAAAUCUUCAGGUUAACAGAGAGCUAAGUGGUUUAAUUGACUCGCUGAAGGAUGAGAUUGAAGCAGAAAGAGAUUCAUCGAACUUGAUCAAUGAGAAUUCAGGCGGGGCAAACGCAGACUAUGCGGAAACUGGAGAUGAGGAGGAGGAAGAAUUGGUUGAGAUGACGGGUCUCAUAGGGUUAUAGAACAGGAACAUGCAUGCAUGAGAUUUUUAUUUAUUCAUUAUCAAACGAACAACUAUCCUCAGUUUGAUGGCUCUUUUCAAAUGCAAUGAUAAAAGUUCAAAGGAUUAUUUCA